ACGCGGACAGGAACGAAUACGGGAUGGGAGCUGCAGAAUCUAGAAAAACUAGAGAAACUAACAAGCACAGGCAAGAAAAACACAACAGCCAGAACGCAUACAGCGGACGCGACUCUAAUCAAGAAAGCAUAUCACCAAAAACUGAGGCCAAGCAUUGCUUUGAUCAGGGUGGGCGUUGCAUUCUGUGGGCUGACUUAUUUUGAUAAUUCAGUUGCUACUCGUCUUGCAUCUAUCAAGGAAGUUAGACUACAACCUGUAACUCAGCAGUAAAUCCAGGACACCCCCCCGGAUUACAAGGUACGAUUUGGAGAUUAUAAAGAAUAUGUGUUAAAUUUCAAUCUUUGUCUCCAAUGGGCUCCUGCCAUUCUUCUUUUUUUUGCGGUUAAUUGCAGUCAAAGUCUGCUGGCGUUACGGAGUUAACGUACGUAACGCAGUCUGGUAUGUUUAAAUGUUCCACCAUACAAAUUGGUUAUUGGGCUACAAUAAGUAAUGGGUUAUUGGAAAACCUGACCUUAGUAGAAGGUGCCACGAGGAAAGAUCACAGUUCACAGCGGGAAAACAGACGGAAGGAUAUCUUCUGUGCAACGUAGGCUACUGAUUUGAAGCAUACCAGCAACCACUGUUAUGGAGACGAUUGGCCGUAUUUUUAUUAACCUGCAACCGGUGAGGAAGGUGCCCCAGCUGCUGAGAGAGGCUGUGCCUUCCAUGCCGGCUACACUCUGUGAUACAGAAGUGCCUCAAUUCUUCCGUGAGCCAUACAUCAACGCUGGCUACCGACCCCUACACCAAAGCUGGUGUUACUACUUCCUCUCGCUAUUCCAGCGUCACAACGAGACCAUCAAUGUAUGGACACACCUGUUUGGGACAUUAGUGGCCCUCACAAGAAUGGUUCAACUGGCAGAGAUGGUAGAUUUCCUUAAUGAUCCCCAUACUUGGCCAUUGCUUAUUCUCCUCUUAUCAUCAAUUACCUACAUGACACUGAGUGCCAUUGCUCACCUGUUGUCAGCUAAAUCUGAACUACACAAUUAUGCUUUUUUCUUUUUGGACUAUAUAGGAGUGGCACAGUAUCAGUAUGGAAGUGCUGUGGUGCAUUUCUAUUAUUCCAUUGAGGAGAGCUGGUACAUGCGAGUGAGGGGAAUCUUCAUGCCUGUUGCUAGCUUCCUCUGCUGCCUUUCAUGUUUAGGCUGCUGUUAUGGAAAGUACCAGAACUAUAGCCUGCCUCCUUGGGUUCGUAAAGUAGGUCAAGUGGUGCCUUCAUCAGUGGCCUAUGCUUGGGACACAAGCCCAGUUUUCCAUAGAAUCUGCCUCUGGUUUCUAUCCUGGGAAGGAGAUGAUUCCGGAAAUGGCCGAGCUCUGGCCUCCCAUUGUGGCCAAGUGUUUUUUUUCCUCUCCAGCGCCUUCUUCUUCACUCACCCUCUACCUGAGUGUUUGUUCCCUGGUCACUGUGACUUCCUGGGCCAGGGUCACCAGGUCUUCCAUGUGCUCUUAAUGGUGUGCACUUUCUUCCAGAUCCAUGCCUCUUACUUGGACUACAUCAACCGAAGAGAAAUCUAUGCCAAGCUCCAUGGUGACAGUGACACCUUGUUAUUUGUGGUAUUGUAUGUGAUAACGACAGUCAUCUGUGCCCAAAUAGCUGCUUGCAUGAUUAAAAAAGUAAGUCGAUUACUGGAAUGCAAGGAAAAGACCAAAUAGAAAAUAAUGGGUAUUAUGAAAAUAGUUUAUGCAUAAAGGGCCUGCAUAUAUGUUUUUCCCUCAAUGUGUACUUGACUGCUGAAAUCUGUUGCUCAGUUUAAUUUGUUUUCAUCCUUAAUUCAGUCCUCACAUCGCCAAAAUUCAGACAUUUUCUUUAUCCAGUUUGCAAUGCACCUGAUCUAGAACUGUGUAGCCUCUGAUCUAAGCAAAAUAUGUUGGGAGACAAAAAGGAGAUUGACUGAGGGUCCCCAGUGACUGGAUCUGAACAGCUCUAAUUCACAUUGUGUUUUCUCACUGUCAGGCUAGUUAAUACAUUUAUUUUUAGUUUUUUUUGUUGUUUGUUUGUUUGUUUGUUUUUUAUUCAAACAAUGGCAUCUCAACAAACUUUCAAGCAAGGUACAUUUAACACAUUGUCUUUUAGUUGACCAUGGAUGUGCAUCUAGUAAUGUAUUGGCAAAUACUGACUGAGUUUUCAUUUAUUUAACAUAUUAAAAUAUGUUUAAAACAUCUUUGUCAGAAUGGAGACAAAUUCCAUAAGAAGAAUUUGAUUUUCUAUUGUAAGUGCCCUUAUGGAUUUGUGUUCCACAGGAUAAAAAUGCUUGAAAUGGCUGGAAUGGAUAACAGUGUUAUUACUUCGGGAAUUAACAGUGCUCAUUAGUUGGGGAAUAAUUAUUGACUAAAAUUUGGAAUCAGUAUUUAUUGCUUACAUCAUCAGUAAGUGCAUCGUUGCUUGUGUGUGCCUCAUAUAGUUAAAAAAUAUUACUUCUUAGUGUUUAAAAAGUUAAACACAUUGCAUAAUAGCAGGGUGUUAUCUUUUGUUUUCAGACUGAUCAAUGCUGUGUAUGCUUGUCACAUGCAGUAAACCAGCCUGUAAUUUCUCAUUAGCAUUUGCAUUGUAUGUACACUAUGAACAUUCUUGUUUCAUGCAUCAGAGUGAUGAAUCUUUGGAGUGAUUGUAUAAAUUCUUAGUCUCAGGCAAACCAUGUACUUCUGUGUACCUAGUUAACAUAACCAUGAUGACCCAUUGGUUUAACAUGAACUCUAGUAGGUUUGAAUAAAGGUGUUCUCACAGAA